AUGUCUCGUGAACUACUAACUCCAUACUCGGUCUCCGUUGCAGAUACUGCGCUCCAGGAGCUCAAGCAGCGACUCGCCUGGGCCAAGCCUGCAACCCAGUUUGAGUCUUCAAGCCAAGAUUCAUGGGAUUUUGGUGUCCCCGCCAAAGAAAUGGAACGACUGGUGACACAUUGGAGAGAUCACUUUAACUGGCGAAAAGCUGAGGCUCAAUUAAAUGAACUUCCCCAGUAUCGCACGGAAAUUGAGGUUGACGGGUUUGGCAAACUGGAUAUUCAUUUUGUUUAUCAAAUCAGCCCUGUAGAGGAUGCCAUUCCUCUUCUCUUCAGCCACGGAUGGCCAGGAUCAUUCAUCGAGGUGACAAAACUUCUACCAAUGUUACAAGGGGAUGGUAGUCAUCCGGCUUUCCAUGUCGUGGCACCUUCAUUGCCUAAUUUUGGGUUCUCCUCCGGAGUCACCAAGCGGGGAUUUGGGUGGGCCCAGUAUGCCGAGACGUUUCAUAAGCUCAUGCUCAAGCUUGGAUAUUCCGAAUAUGUCACGCAAGGUGGAGACUUGGGUUACUGGAUAACCAGAAGUAUGGGUCUUCUAUACCCCGAGCAUUGCAAAGCCUCCCACGUGAACAUGAUCGUUGCUCAGCCUCCCAAGUGGACCUCCAACCCACUAUUGGCUCUACAACACAGCAUUCAACCAUACAGCGCCCGUGAAAAAAGGGGUCGAGAGCGAUCUGCGUGGUUCGCAGAGGAAGGAUUCGGGUACAACCUGCUGCAGAGGACGAAGCCCCAAACGAUCGGCACUGCGUUAGCGGACAGUCCCGUUGCACUGUUGGGCUGGAUCUAUGAGAAGCUGCACGAUUGGUCAGACUCUUAUCCGUGGACCGAUGACGAGAUCUUAACUUGGGUCUCUAUCUAUUGGUUCUCAUCGGCAGGCCCCGAGGCGAGCGUUCGCAUUUAUUAUGAAGGCUCCCAUCCUCGAUCCGACAAAGAUUUGACCUAUGAGAAGUUGAAGGGGUAUAUACCCAAUGUCAAAUUGGGCCUUGUACACUUUCCACGGGAGCUUAUUGUGGUUCCCCGUACAUGGGCUGCUGCGUUGGGCCCUGUUGUGCUGCAGACUGAACAUGAUCAUGGUGGGCAUUUUGCGGCAUGGGAGACACCGGAAAUCAUCACUAGGGAUCUGCGGACGAUGUUUCGAAAAGAUGGUCCUUGUUAUGGUAUUGUGCCUGGAAGAAGUGGUUAUUAG